AUGAAUGCUCUAUCCUAUGAGCUCCAUAUCGUUGUCAGAAAGACAAGGUGGUUUUUCGCUGCUGGGGCUGCAACUUGGUUUGGAUAUCUUUAUGGUUUUCCUUUCAUGGGAGAUGAUUUGAAGAUGCGACACGCCGUGUCACUUUUGAAAUCCAAUAAUCCCUUGUAUAAAUAUUGGGGAGCUCAUAGAUUAGCCCGUUAUGCAAUAGAUGAUGAAAGGAGGAUGAAAAUAGUGGAGAUUGUUGGUGCUCAGGAGCUUGUAAAUAUGUUGUGGGAUGCUAGAGACUAUUAUACACGGUUACAAACACUAAAGGCUCUUGUUGCCCUUUCUGGCUCAGAUGAAGCAGUUGGGGCUUUACACCGUGGUGGGGCAAUAUCAGUUAUAAAGUCCACUCCACAAUCCUUGGAUGGGGCAAAAAUAUUUGUGAGGUCCACUUCACAAUUCUCUGAGGCUGAAAUCGAGAAAUACGAGUCAAGCCUACUGAAGAGAUUCCAAGAUCUGAGAUAUGAUAUCAUCGUGAGAUUGGUGUGA